AUGGAAUAUAUACCAGGAAAGUCUGGGACCCAAUUACUAGAGGCUACCUCGGAGCCGACAGAGAGGGAGGCCGUCUAUCGGCAGAUGGCCUUGGGCAUACAGGAGCUCCUACGGAUCCCCAUUCCACCAAACCCGCGCCCAACAGCUAUUGAUGGAGGGUUGAUCCGACAUAUCAUUUUUGAGCAACAAGAAGCUCCGCGACCCUACCAGUCGGUUGACCAGCUUGAGCAACAUUUCAACUUGUUUUUACAAUGGACAAAACGUGAGCCUAAGAUACUAGGGUUAUCGCGCGAGCCGAUGGUCUUCUGCCACUCAGAUGCGUGGCCUGGGAACUUUAUAAUUAAUAAACAGGGCCAUGUAACCGUCGUCGACUUUUCGGAAGUAAGUAUUCUUCCAUCCAGCUUCGCCAAAUACGCAAUCACGCCUUCGGUUAAAGACCACGAGUACAGCUUGUUGCCCUGGAUUGAUGUACCGAGUACCGAUGGGGUCGAUAAUACUAGGGCACUUUUCGCUGCUACUAACCCAAUGAUUAUGGGCGCAGGUUCAUUUGCAAAGGCGGGCAAGCGAAUACCAGGCUAUGACAGAAUUCCGUCCCCGAUCCCCCCAGUAUCUUAG